AUGGUCUCAGAUAGCUUCCUGCCGUCAGGUGUGGUCGGCAACACCCUUGCGCCUACAUCGCCCAAUCGCCAAGAGACAACACUCAGCUUUGCUGCCAAUAGCAGCUGGGAUCACUCGGUUUUCGGCCAUGUCGGCGGGAAGCAGCGGUCCACCAACAGCAGCGCCAUGCCCGCCGGCUCGCCGACUGCGGGCACCAUCCCUAAGACUCGUGUUGAAUCAUCGACUUCGCCGUGUCUAGACAGAGGGCUUUCACCAAUGAACGCCCCCGCCCGGUCAUGUCCAGAGAGCAAUCCCGCACCCGCUGCGACAACAAGUACCACAACCCAGCAAUCCGCUCCCGACGGAGCAUCUGCGUCCCAUCCUCGCGCCCCCACCGACUUGGGCCACGGGACUGCCUCGUUGCAAGGCCAGUUCAGCGGCGCAGACAGCGAAACAUCGCAUAACCCCAGCCUCGGUUACUCGAAUACAAGCUCCUUCGAUACUGCUAGAGCGAAGAGCUCCUUGCAUACGCUGGCGUCUUUAGGCCUGGGCCUCAACCUCGAAGGCUUACACGACAACUCUACCCCCCCUUAUCCUGGUCACUCAGGAAGCAUAUCGCCCUGGCAACCCUUGGUGCACUCGGCACCCAGUGGUGGGACCGGGCUCUCGCCGCUUUCACCUCCUUUGCCUCCAUUACAACGGUCCGUCUCGGCCGACGCCACUGCACCCCAGCACGAGCUGCUCGGCGCUAUUCAACUGCUCCGACAGCAGCUUUCAUUCCUCGUCCAGGCUUGGAUGGCGGACCGGGAGCGCCUGGAGCCUCAGAAGCAGCAAGCCGAUGCAGACCUAGUGCGUCUACAAACGGCAAUGGACAAUGCUCGGGAGCAAUGGUCCAAUGAGAAAGGUGCUAUGGAGCAACAGUUGGAUUCCCUCCGCGCGCAGGUUCUUGUCCUGCAGGAAGAGAAUGCAGCAUUCAGAUCGGGCCAGUCAGGCCGCGAUCCCGCGAACAGUAAUUUCGCUCAGGUCGUUGGGCAGUCUCAAAAUAUUGUGGACAGUGCCACAGGGAACUCAACGUCAUCAUCUGAUCCCUCGGCUUCUAUCUUGUCGCCAAACCCAUCUGUUCAGAGCGGCAGCUCGAGAGCCGACGUCUUGUUGCUACCCCCUGGCCUCGAUGGAGCUUCAAGAAGGCCUCACUUUGCAGCCCAGGGUAGUGCUCGCACAUCUCCGACUGGACAUCCCGCACCUUUGCAGGUCGCAGCACUCGAUCCCCGGGUUCUGCCGCAGAAAGCUGCCGAUAAGGACUUCCUUGCGCCACCUUCCGAUGAGGACAAACAUCUCACCAUCAUCGACGUCCACGAGAUCGACCCCAAACUCGAGGGCAUACCCAUCAAAGCGAACGCGCUGAAGCGCGCCACGUUUUCACCACCAAGGAGCCAACCCCAGCUGAACCCUCUGGCCCGUAGGCCAGGUCAGGGCCGCGAGGCACCACCUAGGAGGCGCGAUUCACGCACUAGACGGUGGUCUCCACAUAGCCUUUCCAUCGAUCGAGGUAGGACAUCUCGGUUGAAUCGCACCUCCGCCAGAGACCAAACCAUGCAAGUCUUGGCCGCCGAAGAGUCACGGCGUUUGACAAUGCACGCCGGCCACACACCUAAUCACUCUUUGUCCCUGCUCCCGACUAUGACAGCGACAGGGGGUCGUUCAACCACUGAGCAGAGUCGUGUCGGAACACCAUCCGCGGAGUCUGGUGUAGCAGAGCAGACCGACGACGCCAUCACUGCUCCCCCUAUCGAUGAUCCGGGCUUGACAGAAAUUCGCGGCGAACCUGUCAUCGACACUGAGAGCUACGAGCCCACUACCGAGGGUCAUUUACAGCCUAGUGACGAUGUCCCUCUUAAGGGGCCUCUCAUGUUGAAGAAUCUGCCGGCACAGGACGACAUAUUUUUCGAGCAACUAAACAAGAAGUUGGAAUCUCUCAGCCGCGGACAAGACGCCUUGCCGAGUGUUCUUCAAUCAGAGGACGAGGAUUUGGACGCGCCUUCUGGACCGUCAGGGGCUCCUGGCCCACCAGAGCAGAGGCAUGCGCAGGUAUCCCAGACCGGCGGGUUUGAUGGAGACGACGAAACGGAGGAUGGCCAGAACCUCGAGCCCGAAGUACCUUUGAGAUUCAAGAGCACCAGCAACUUUGGCAAGCCAUUUGGCUCUUCAUGA